AUGACAGCCCUCCCCUCGGCGACCCCGGACCGGACUGGACCAGAUCGGCCCCUUGGCGACCCCGGACCGGACCAGAUCGGCCCCUCGGCAACCCUGGACCAGACCGGACCGGACCAGAUUGGCCCCUCGCCGACCCCGGACCGUACAGAUCGGCCCCUCGCCGACCCCGGACCGGACAGAUCGGCCCCUCGCCGAACCCGGACCGGACAGAUCGGCCCCUCGCCGACCCCGGACCGGACAGAUCGGCCCCUCGCCGACCCCGGACCGGACAGAUCGGCCCCUCGCCGACCCCGGACCGGACAGAUCGGCCCCUCGCCGACCCCGGACCGGACAGAUCGGCCCCUCGCCGACCCCGGACCGGACAGAUCGGCCCCUCGCCGACCCCGGACCGGACAGAUCGGCCCCUCGCCGACCCCGGACCGGACAGAUCGGCCCCUCGCCGACCCCGGACCGGACAGAUCGGCCCCUCGCCGACCCCGGACCGGACAGAUCGGCCCCUCGCCGACCCCGGACCGGACAGAUCGGCCCCUCGCCGACCCCGGACCGGACAGAUCGGCCCCUCGCCGACCCCGGACCGGACAGAUCGGCCCCUCGCCGACCCCGGACCGGACAGAUCGGCCCCUCGCCGACCCCGGACCGGACAGAUCGGCCCCUCGCCGACCCCGGACCGGACAGAUCGGCCCCUCGCCGACCCCGGACCGGACAGAUCGGCCCCUCGCCGACCCCGGACCGGACAGAUCGGCCCCUCGCCGACCCCGGACCGGACAGAUCGGCCCCUCGCCGACCCCGGACCGGACAGAUCGGCCCCUCGCCGACCCCGGACCGGACAGAUCGGCCCCUCGCCGACCCCGGACCGGACAGAUCGGCCCCUCGCCGACCCCGGACCGGACAGAUCGGCCCCUCGCCGACCCCGGACCGGACAGAUCGGCCCCUCGCCGACCCCGGACCGGACAGAUCGGCCCCUCGCCGACCCCGGACCGGACAGAUCGGCCCCUCGCCGACCCCGGACCGGACAGAUCGGCCCCUCGCCGACCCCGGACCGGACAGAUCGGCCCCUCGCCGACCCCGGACCGGACAGAUCGGCCCCUCGCCGACCCCGGACCGGACAGAUCGGCCCCUCGCCGACCCCGGACCGGACAGAUCGGCCCCUCGCCGACCCCGGACCGGACAGAUCGGCCCCUCGCCGACCCCGGACCGGACAGAUCGGCCCCUCGCCGACCCCGGACCAGUCCAGAUCGGCCCCUCGCCAACCCCGGACCGGACCUGAUCGGCCCCUCGCCAACCCCGGACCGGACCAUCGCCGACCCCGGACCGGACGAGAUCGGCCCCUUGCCGAGCCUGGAGCGGACAUUCACCAACUACGGACCAGCCUGA